AUGUACCGCCUCUCGCAACUCGCAGCGUUGGCUGCCACUCUGUCAACAGCCAUGGGCGCUUACCAGGGCUUCAACUAUGGCUCUUCAUUCACCAACGGCGCUGCCAAGCAGCAGUCUGACUUUGAAACCGAAUUUCGAACAGCCCAGGGUCUUAUCGGUGCUCCUGCUGGGGGCUUCACCAGUGCCCGACUGUACACCAUGAUUCAAGGGGGUACGGCAAAUGCUCCCAUCUCCGCCAUCCCGGCUGCGAUUGCUACCAAGACAUCGCUUCUUCUUGGUCUGUGGGCUUCUGCUGGCGAUGUUGCGUUUGCCAACGAGCUACAAGCUCUCAGCUCUGCCAUCCAGCAGUACGGAACGGCCCUUGGUGGAUUAGUAGCCGGUAUCUCUGUGGGCAGCGAGGAUCUGUAUCGCAUCUCACCUACCGGCCUUGAAAAUAAGGAGAAUCCAGGAGCUGCUCCUCUGACGAUCGCCCACUAUAUCAAGCAGGUCCGUGAUAUCAUCCACAACACGGCUCUUUCUGGUGCCCCGGUGGGUCACGUUGAUACCUGGACGGCCUGGGUCAACAGCUCCAACCAAGUAGUCGUGGAUGCUUCCGAUUUUCUUGGCUUCGACGGCUACCCCUAUUUCCAGAAAACGCAGCAAAACGACAUCGUCCAUAGUAAGUCCCUUUUCGACGACGCUCUGGGUGCCACCAAGGCUGCAUCCCAAGGCAAGCCCGUUUGGAUUACAGAGACCGGCUUCCCUCUUAGCGGCAAAACCAUGGGCCAAGCCGUCCCUAGCAUCCAGAAUGCCAAAUACUACUGGGACCACGUGGGCUGCCCUCUGUUCGGCAGCACCAAUGUCUGGUGGUACACGAUGCAGGAUUCUGCCCCGACAACCCCAAACCCUAGCUUUGGUCUCAUCGGCAGCACGUUGACUACAACUCCCCUCUUUGACAUCUCUUGUAGCAGCAAGCAGGGCCAAACUAGUUCUUCAUUGAUCAGUCCCUCUUCUGGAAUCAGCUCUGCUCUGUCGCAAACGGCGCAGUCAACAUUUUUCAAGCCAUCGGAGACCUCGACGAUAACUUUAGCCACGACAUUUCUCGCUUCAAACGGCACGAUGACUGUGGCUAGCUUUCCUUCGGGUACUGUGAGUACUGGAAAGGCAAGCUCCAUCAAGGGGUCGAUGGGAGAAGCGAUUGCGGUCGUCAUGAUGGUGACGGUGAUGGCUCUUUUCGGUCUCUGA